AUGGCGGAUCACCUGGCCGAUGCGACUAUACAUGAGCCCUCGGACACCCGCCUGUACUCGUUCUCCCCCGAGACGACAGAGAAGCUGCGCAAGUUCCGUCUGGGAACGUCGAGGGCCAAAGAUCCCCAGGCGAUGAUAUACAUGAUCGACGCAAAGAGCCAGGAGAUCCGGCCGGUCGACGGUGAAGUCUACUCGAAGAUGGAAGACCUAGCAGACGACCUUCCUGACUCUUCGCCCCGAUUUAUCCUGCUCAGCUAUCCCCUGACGAUAGCUGGCCGUCCCGCCGUCCCCUACGUCCUGCUUUACUACCUGCCCGAGAACUGCAACCCAUCGCAGAGAAUGAGCUACGCCGGUGCGGUGGAGCUGAUGAGGAGCGCGGCGGAGGUGAACCGGGUGAUAGAGGUCGAAAACGAGACGGACGUCAUCGAGAUUGAGAGCAAGCUUCAGUCACAAUAA